AUGGGCCACGGUGGAGAUGAGGGAGGUUGGAGCCAAGGAGGAGUUAAUGGACCAACGGGCCGAGAUGGAGUCCUGGUCGAGGAUGCUGGAGGUGGAGACCUAGGAGUGGCGGUGGCUGGAGCAGAGGGUUUCUUUACCCUCACGCAGUGUGUCCCUCAGUAUGUCUUUGUGAAUGAAUCCAAGACUUGGGCAGAAGCUCAGAGAUACUGUAGGGAGAAAUACACUGAUCUGGCCACUAUUGAAAAUAAUCAACAGACGAUCCAGUUGAUCGACACAGUGAAUGAUGAUUCCAUUGAUUUGGCUUGGAUUGGACUCCAUGAUGAUCUGAGCACUUGGAAAUGGACUCUAGAGGACAGUGGUUUCUUCAAGGAAGGAGAAAAAGACUUCAGGAACUGGUAUAACGAAGGACCAAUUUCAGGAAGAGAAAAUGCCAGUGAUACUUAUGUGUUUUACCAGUACUUAAGCUGGACUGAAGCUCAGAGUUACUGCAGAGAACAUCACACAGACCUCGUCAGUAUCAGGAAUGAGAUUGAACAACAGAAGAUUCAGUAUUUUUUAGGGAAUUAUGAUGGUUUAAAUAUUUGGAUUGGACUGUACAAACCUAGAUCUUGGUCAGAUCAGAGUAACUCUUCAUUCAGGAAUUGGAUGACAGGACAGCCAGAUAAUGCAGGAUCCUGCACUGCAAUCUCAUUCAGUGACUCCAGGAGCUGGGCAGAUGAAAACUGCGAUUAUUCUUUUCCUUUCUUUUGCUACAGCGCAUUAGCAUCAUCCCGCCAGUAUCACUUUGUGAAUGAAUCCAAGACCUGGACUGAAGCUCAGAGAUACUGCAGACAGAAUUACACUGAUCUGGCCACCGUUGAUAACAUGGAGGAAAUGAACAGGUUGAUUAACACAGUUAAUGGGAGUUACAACGGCUCAGCCUGGAUUGGUCUGUAUGAUGAUGUGAACAACUGGAGAUGGUCAUUGGAGGAUAAUGACUUUUAUCAGGAUGGAGAGAGAGAUUUCAGAAACUUUUAUCAUGAACCAAACAACGUUGGGGGGAAUGAACUGUGUGUUUACAUGGAGAGUAAUGGAAACUGGUAUGAUGUGUCAUGUGAUAAUGCACUGCAUGUACAAUUCGUUUGCUAUGAUGGUAGCGAGAAUGCCACAGAGACUUACAUCAGAAUCACUGAUGGGAAAACCUGGUCAGAGGCUCAUAGAUACUGCAGAGAUCAUUACACAGAUCUCGCCAAUGUGAGAAAUCAGACGGAGAACCAGAGGAUCUUUGAGAUUGCACAAGGAUAUAAAGUCUGGAUCGGACUGUACAGAAACAGGGUUUGGUCAAACAAUCAGAUGACCAGUUAUCAAAACUGGAGGCCGCAAAUUGAUGUGUUACAGGCGCAACCAGACAAUGGAAAUUUUCAUCAAGCUUAUGAAUAUCCAUAUCAGCUCUGCACUGCAGUAUCAUUCAGAUAUUCAGGCCAUUGGACAGAUGAGAUAUGUGUAUCCAGCAUGCCUUUCUUCUGCUACAGCAGAACCUGCACACAAUCUUCAUGUACUCGCCAGUAUCACUUUGUGUCUGAGUCUAAGACUUGGACUGAAGCUCAGAGUUACUGCAGACAGAAUUACACUGAUCUGGCCACCGUUGAUAACAUGGAGGAAAUGAAAAGACUCAUCAAAACAGUACGUGGCACUUACUAUGGCUCAGCUUGGAUUGGUCUGUAUGAAGAUAUGAACAGCUGGAAAUGGUCUCUGGAGAAUGCAACAUUAGAGAAAGGUUUUACAAGCUGGUAUGUCCAGCAACCAGUGAACUCAGGUGGACAGAGUCUCUGUGUGUACAUGACAAAUAUCCAGGGAACAUGGAGUGAGAUCCCUUGCCACCAGUAUUUAAGUACAUUUGUUUGCUAUGAUGGAAGAGUGAAUGCUAGCGAGAGUUAUGUGUUAAUUUACCUACUCACAACCUGGACUGAAGCUCAGAGUUACUGCAGAGAAUAUCACACAGACCUCGUCAGUAUCAGGAAUAUGACUGAAAACAACAAGAUUCAGGUAUUACUUUCAAAUAAUAAUAACGGUGUUUGGAUUGGACUGUACAGAACCAGAUCUUGGUCAGAUCAGAGCAACUCUUCAUUCAGUAACUGGAUGACAGGACAGCCAGAUAAUGCUGGAAACAGUGAAUACUGCACUGCAGUGUCAUUUAGUGACUCUGGGAGCUGGACAGAUGAAAACUGUAAUAAUGCAUUACCUUUCAUUUGCUACAGCGCAUUAGCAUCAUCCCGCCAGUAUCACUUUGUGAAUGAAUCCAAGACCUGGACUGAAGCUCAGAGAUACUGCCGACAGAAUUACACUGAUCUGGCCACCAUUGAUAACAUGGAGGAAAUGAACAGGUCGAUUAACACAGUUAAUGGGAGUUACAAUGGCUCAGCCUGGAUUGGACUGUAUGAUGAUGUGAACAGUUGGAGAUGGUCAUUGGAGGAUAAUGACUUUUAUCAGGAUGGAGGGAGAGAUUUCAGAAACUUUAUUCAUGAAUCAAACAACGUUGUUGGGAAUGAACUGUGUGUUUACAUGGAUUAUAAUGGAAACUGGUAUGAUACGUUAUGUGAAUAUUGGAAAACAUUUGUCUGUUAUGAUGGUAGAGAAAAUGCCUCUCAGAAGUUUGUCUUGGUUUCUGUGGGAAGGACCUGGCCUGAAGCUCAGAGAUACUGCAGAGAGAUGUACACAGACCUGGCCAGUGUGAGAGAUGAGACGGAGCGUCAACAGAUACUGAGCAUUACACCUGUUGGUUGGUCUGUAUGGAUUGGUCUGCAUAGAAAGAGACUGUGGUCAGAUCAGAGCAGCUCUUCCUUCACAUAUUGGCUGCCAUAUACUCAAUAUAUUGCUGCACAACCAGAUAAUGGUGAAUAUGUCCCAGGAGAGCAGGGAAUUCAGCACUGCACAGCUGCGUCUUUAAAAUACUUUGGCCAGUGGACAGAUGAAAGAUGCAUUGCCAGUUUGCCUUUCUUCUGUUACAGUGAUAAGUAUGUGAUGGGAAUGCGAGUAAAAGUUACAAGUCCUGAACAUUUGUCAAAGUCUCAAAUUGAAGCGCUUGUCAUUAUACAGUUAAAAGAAGAGCUGAUCAAGCUCGGACUUCCCAACAACAUCACCACGCAUUUGAGAGACUAUCGUAUGAUCCAUCCCUGAUGUAGGAGGAAAGCGCUUUGCAGUUUCUAAUAAUACACUUGUGGGCUCAAUACUUAAUACUUAAUCAAGCAUUAUACUAUAAUCUAUAAAGACUUUUACAAAUGAAUGAUCCAGAUUUUGUUUUCCCAAUAUGUUAUGUCAUUGGCAUGUGUUGUUUAACAGACCAAUUAAAUCAGUGAAGGGGGUUAUAUAAAAAUACUAGCAAUGAAAGUAACUUGAUUUUCAUUGUCAGAAUGAUGGAAAAUUAUAACAUACAGUACAGUACAAUGUACUCAUUAUGCAGAUUUUUUGCAUUAAUGUGAUAUGAUUUAAAUAUGAUAUGUAAGAUGAUGAUUUUGUUAAAAUUUACAUAAUAUGGUAAUAAAUGUUGCAUCAGUAAAGUUACCUAAAGUUUAAAACUUCUGUUUUAUGGGACUUAAGGAUUAGUAGUAGAACCAAAGGAAUGAA